AUGGACAGACAUGAUGAAAUUCUCUCGCUAAUCCAUAUAGGCUUAGCUCAGAAACUAAAAGCAGAGGUCGAAAAUCCUUCUGGGGCUUUGAAAAAGCUGCUUGAUGAAAUUCUAACUUUGAGUUUGGCUCAAUUUCAAGAACUAAAAGAUACAAUUAACCAGUCCACCCCUGAGCAGCACCAAAAGAAUGCCAAUGACCUCCUGACAGCCUGCAUCUGCAAUGCAGCACUAGAAACAGAGCCUUUUACAACUGAUUUAGCUCGCCAAGUCAUGCCUCUUAUAAAUUAUUUAAAAGAAAGGCCUGAUUUCAACCCUGAAAGCACAUACAACUCUCUGCUUUCUAAUAUCAUAUCAGGAAUUUCUGCCUGCAAAACAGUAGAAGAUGUAGACGAAUGGGUGACUAUUAUCGAUAUCCUGAGAAAUGAAUAUAAUUUUACCGAUGUCGAAACUGAGUUGAAAUGGGCUGAGUCCAAAUAUAUUGAAUUUGUAUGGGAAGGAAUGAAAAAUGACGACCCCGUUCAGCUUGCACGGCAGCUGGUUAUAUCAAAAAGACUUGAAGGUAAAGGCUUUGACAUGAGUUUCGCUAAAAAUAUUGCAAUUGAUUUUUCUUAUGAUUAUAUUGAAGAAAAAGAUGAAGCAGGUCAGCCUGAUGGGAUAAGCGAGUUAUUAAAUGUUUUAUUAGGAUUUGAGAUAAAUGAUGAAGACAAGUCUGCAAAAAUAAACCUUUGAAAAGUGAAAUAUGGAGUGAAGCCAGAAGAAACGAAAACUGAAACAAUUCCUCAGCCCCCAAGAAAUUUAGAUAUGGUUAUAUCAGCGUCUAGUCUAAUUAUCUAUUAACGUCUAACGUCCACUACGGGGUAGCCGACUCCAGAGCUACCACCAUAUUUGUCCACGUGUCGGGCCCAGAGAUCGCUGGAUCGAUCCCUUUUGUUCGCCAGGGCACGGGCAAAUAAGGCGUUCCAGCUUCGACGGGCUUCGCUGCCGCCACGGCUUUUGUUUCGACUCAGCUCCUGCGCGUGUUCCACCUGAGGGUCCAUCUCCCUUGGGAUGUGCUGAGGGGUAAAACUCCAGAUCUUGAGCGCACUGAGGAGCAGUUCCUUUGGUUAUCCCCAAAGUUAAAAACCGCUGUUGCUGUGCAGAAGUUCUUGAGGUAAAAACCCAACCCCAUAAAUAAAAUUGCUUGAAUGAGAGAAAGUUAGCGGAGCUAACUUCGCUCGAGCGAAAGCCAUUUUAUUUAUAUCAGCGUCUAGUCAAAUAGAAUUGAUUAACCCUCCAUUUUAUUCUCAUUCCCCGACAGAAAACUUAAUUGUCAGUGUGUAUAGAGGAAUUUGCUAUUUGCCUAACAGAAUUGAUAUUGCAGUCAAAACUUAUACGAUAGCCCCAUCUUCAGAUGAAGCCAAAUUUAAUGAAAGACUCACGAAUAUUAAUAAAGAAAUCGAGCUCCUUACUCCCCCCCCCCCCCUCCGUGAGCGAACAAAACCAUUAGAAAAAUCGCCAUUUUUUGACCAAAAACCCACCCUCGGUGAGUGAACAAAAAAUAUUUUUAAUAGAAAAAAAUUUUAAUAGAAAAAAAUUUUGCUAUAUAAGUGAUAAUUAGUAUAAUGAAAUCUAGAGCUAAUUCUGUUUAAUUUUAAACAAAUUGCGUUUUAAAACAUAAAUUUUGCAAAUUAAAUUAGUAUUUGCUUCCCAAUUUUUGCAAAUUAGGAUUUUUUUUAAAUUUCGAAAAAAAUAUUUUUUAUAAAAUUUAUAUAUAAAAUUGUUUUUAAAAAAAAAAAUAAACCCCCCUCCGUGAGUGAACAAAAUUUUUUUGUUCGCUCACGGAGGGGGGGGGGGAGUUAGAGAUCUGUCAGGAAAGCAUCCUAGUUUUCUUGAAUACUAUGGAAGUUACCAUGAAAAAGUAAAUGACCAGCAUGUAAUUGGUAUAGCUAUGGAAUAUUGCACACAAACCCUUAUGCAUGAGAUUACUAAUAGGGGAGGAGCAGACCAAAAAUACACUGAACGAGAACUAUAUGAUAAAGUCGUGUUUUUGUUAGAAGGAUUUUCAUUUCUUGAGCAGAAAAAGAUCCUUCACCAAGAUAUAAAACCACAUAAUAUUUUUAUCAAUAGAGAAGUUAAGUUAAAAAAAUUAAUCUAGCCAUAAGGGGGACUAGUUACUAACCUCUGACUUGUCUUGACCCCAAAAGUAGGAAUUCAGAAGGAGUUCAAGUAAGGAAAAUGGAAGGCUGCCUUUUUCAUUUCAGUAUGAAACAGCUACCCAAAGGAUUUAAUUUGGUGCAGAGCCACCAUCUGUUGAGUGCCCCGGCAGUCCCGAUAGACGGAGAUUAUGUGAGAAGCAAAGCCUUUCUGUCAGGAAUCAGGGGAGAAUAAAACUUCUCUCUUCGGCAAGGUUUCCACAGGGCCCGAAGGCCUAAUUAAAAGUGAUUUCAGUUUCAUCUGGAUUGAUCCUACCUGCAUGAUGGGGAUUGUACCUCGGGAUCCUAUUUCCACAACGUCAGCGUUUAUUUCUGCCAAUAGAGAAGGAAUAUUGAAAAUCGCAGAUUUCAAUAUUGCACAAAAAUACGAUGAGGGGACUACUUAUUUAGCUACUGGAGUGCAUUUUGUGCAAGGGACACAAGGAUAUAUGGCACCUGAGCUUAGAAAACUACUAUCGGAUGGCAGAUUGAGUGGCGCACAAGGGCCGAUUAGAGGCAAAUUUAAGCCUGCAAAAGCUGAUAUUUACUCGCUCGGGCUUACUUUUCUGCAAAUGUAUACUUUGAGAUCUGUAGAAACUUUUUCAACCCCUGAAGGACGAGAAGAAUUAGAAAAAAUUCUGAAAAAUAUCGAAUUUUUGUGGCUGAAAACAAUUUUAGACAAAAUGCUGAGCGUGGAUAAAGAAUUUCGGCCUAAAUUUAAGCAUCUCCUGUCAAAAAUCAAGGAUACAGAUGAAGACAGUCAAACUAUAAUGGUCUAA